AUGAAUAGAAAUGGAUAUAAGGAUGAAAAAUCAUGUUGCUAUUUCCAUCCAAAACAACUAGUUGUUGGUGUAUGCCCUUUAUGCUUGAACGAAAGACUUCUUCUACUGGUGGCAAAACAAGGGCGGCGCCACCAUCAGAACCACCGUUCUUCCUCCAAAAAAGGUGGUAACUCACAAAAACCACCCAACUCUUCUUCUAUUCACAAGAUCUUUGCUUUUGGUUCUCUCUUCACUCGCCUUGAAUCUCGCCAAUGCAAAUCCCAUACCAACAAUCACUAUGAAUAUGAUGAUCUCUCUCCAAGUCCAGAAGAAGAGGCAUUCAUAUCAAUCAAGUUUGAAGAAAAUGGGGUAGCCUCGUGGGAAAAGAGCAGUGUCUCAAAGGUGACCCUAGAGAAUUGCAAUAACAACAAGAACAAAUUAGAGACCAAGAGUGUGAUAGAGCAUGGAAAGUCACGUGACAUAUUCAGGUGGCGAAAGAGAAUUGGUCACAUGUUCCAGCUCAUAAGGUGGAAAAAAUCUGCUGGUGUUUGCCACGUAAGCAACAAGGUUGAAGGAGGAACAGUUAAAGUCAGAAAAAGUUGGAUCAAGACUCUGACAAAGAGGAAGAAGAAGAACAAGACCAUGGAAUAA